CAUUUGAGAGGAUGUUUCUGUUUCGAUUCAUGAACAGUGUUUAUGAAGCAUAAAAGCAUUGACUUCUCAGUUGGACUAGCCAAUGCUUAAAAAUCAUAAACUAAGUACCUCUAUUUUGUUUUCUUAUUCAGCUCUUUAUUGAAGAAAACAUACCAACUGUAGGAAUUGUGGGGUUUUUAAUUUUAGAAAAUCCGUGCCCAAAUGAGCCUAUAAAAAGUAUAAUUCCAUUGGCACGACCAAAUACCUCGGAAAAAAGGGCAUGUUUUUAGUCCUUGGAAUCAAAUGAAUACGUUACUCUCCUUUUUCUUCUUCUCCUUCUUUACACACACAGCUUUAUGUGCCCAAAUUUGCUCACCAUCCCUCUGUGGCGACUCCGAGCCGUUAGUCCACUUCCCUUUCCGGCUAUUCGGCCGGCAAUCCUUCCAUUGUGGCUACCCCGGUUUCGCCCUUUCAUGCAACAACCAUAACCAAACAGUUCUAAACCUACCUUCCUCCGGUGAAUUCAUCGUGAAAAGUAUUGACUACGCCUCACAAUCCAUAUAUAUCAGUGAUCCCGAUGGUUGCCUACCCAAAAGGAUGGAAGAAUCCUUCAGUCUUUCGGAUUCUCCUUUCUCUGCUUCUCACACCAACCUCAUGUUCAUCAACUGUACUUUAGCAGACUGGUAUAAGUACAUAAUGUAUCAGGGCGUGCUCGUGCCUUGUCUUAGCAGCAAUAACUACAGGGUUGUAGCUGUGGAUGCUUCUGCUCCAGGCGGGUACGUGCCACCAACCUGCCGGAGUUGGAGGGUCGGGUUUUAUGGGUACUACUGGGGCACCAUGGAUGGUAUUGGUACAGCAGAUAUUCAGCUUCAUUGGGAUGUGCCCUCAUGUAAAUCUUGUGUGCUUGAAGGUGGGACUUGUGGGUUUGAAAGUAAUACAGAGAUGACGAUUGGUUGCUCUGGUCUUCCUACACAAAGCAACGGUCUUCCAAGGAGUGCCAAAUAUGGUUUAAUCUUGGGUGUUGGAAUACCUGGGCUUUUAACCUUCAUUGGACUUGCAUGUUACAUUGGUGGCCGGACCAGAGCUCAUAGUCAACGAGGCCCACUAAGGUCCGGAACCGAACUCUUUACCGUCACCGCCACUCCUGGGUCAGCUCGUGUUGCAUCGGGCCUCGAUGGGCCAACCAUAGAAUCUUAUCCGAAGACUGUGCUUGGUGAGAGCCGGAGGCUACCCAACCCACAAGAUGGGACUUGCCCAAUAUGUCUGUCGGAGUACCAGCCCAAAGACACCUUGAGGUCCAUACCGGAAUGCAAUCACUAUUUUCAUGCUACUUGCAUAGAUGAGUGGCUAGGGAUGAAUUCCACGUGUCCUCUGUGCCGAAAUUCACCUGAUGGAUCAUCCUGAUGUUGCGUUUAAGAGCACUGAAUCGGCUUCAAGGUGUCAAUUUGUCACUCCCGUUCUCAAAUACAGUUUGUCCUCUAAAUCUCGUCAUAUGUACAUGGUAUAUAUUUUGUAUGUUCGGGGAUGGAACCAGAAAAUAAGGUGAGGGGGGCAAUACUGAAUUUUUAAAAUAAUUUUGCCCCGCUGGGCGGAGGGAGGUAAUAAUGAAUUUUUUAAAUAAUUUCGCCUUCGCCGGGGGGGGGGGGUUUGAUGUUACGUUUAAGAGCACUGAAUCGGCUUCAAGGCGUCAAUUUGCCACUCCCGCUCCCAAAUACAGUUUGUGCUCUGAAACCCGUUAUAUAUACAUGGUAUAUAUUGUAUGUUCAAGGACGGAGUCAGAAAAUAAGGUGAUGGGGCAAUAAUGAAUAUUUUUA